CAGUGUUGUGAUUGAUGAUUGAUGAAUUUUCAAGUUAUGGAUAAUAUGCAGUUUUUAGAUAUAACAGGGUUGGAAGUGGACGAGAUUCGUCACAUAAAUUCUUGUCUGUCCGAUACCCCUAAAAGAAUCUCCUUGCCUUGGACUCUCAAGAAGAAAUCUCCCCAAAAAAAAUUACACAGAAAACCAAAUGCAGCAGUCGAAUGUAAGAAGUCAUCAGACGUUGAUGAAGAAACACUGAUCUCACACGACAAUGCUAUAUCUGUUGAUACACCCACUUCUAAGACGGAUCAUUUCAUUCCCACACAAGUUUCUACAACGGCUGACAAAGAAACAGAUAUUUGA